ACGCCAAUCGCCUCUCGAGCCCCUCGUCCCCUCCUUCUCUCCACCACGGGCUCCAGCACCACCACUGCGCCGCAGCCUCCUCCCCUUCACUUCUCUCCUCCUCUGCCCCCAGCGCAUGGUCGCCGUCGCUCGUCUCUUCCUCUCCCGCGUCCGCUCGGCGGCGGUGGCGGUGACUUGCAGGCAAAGGGCAACGGCGGCGGCGCUUGUUUCGUUGCAGCGCCAUGGACCAGCCCCUAUACCCUAUAGGAGAGAUGGAGAGAGAGAAGGAAGGAGAGGAGGGAGAAAGAGAGGAAAUAGGAGUUUGAGGUGCGUCGGCUGCCGGGAGGGGGUCAUCCGCCGGCGUGCUCCUGUGCCGGCGAGGUCGGGCGAGACCUGGUGGUGGGCGGCGGCUCGAUCCGUCGGCUGCCGGGAGGGGGUCAUCCGCCGGCGUCCGCCUGUUCCGGCGAGGUCGGGCGAGACCUGGCGGUUGGCGGCGGCUCGAUCCGCUCCUGGAUCAGGAGCUGCGAGGAGGUUGGGGCUCAGGCAUGCUGCUUGGGAGGAUGCGCUCUGCCUCUUCCUCGCAAAGCAAAAGGAACAUGUGCAGUGCGGCGGACGGCUGCUGGGCAACGAUACCUGCACCUGGUCCUGGUGCUCUACCCAGCAUGGACCGUCAAGUUGCUGGGAUUGGUGGUGGGUGUGUCUCCAUCUGCUAAUACAUUGGUCAUACCUUGGUAUAUAUGCUUGGCACUAUUUGGAGUCAAAAUUACGAACGUCCACUGCCGAUCUAUUUGGUAUUUUGGUGCAUGUCUUCCCCCGGCCCAGGCCUAGCUGGCUCUGACCUGAUUAGUGGCUGGCCAUACCCUAUUCUGUUCACUCAGUCCCAAGUAUGUCGAAGCAGAGCAGUGGCAGUCUGUGUUCAGUGUUCAUGUUCAGAAGAAAACGAUUAAUUGAAAAAAUUAAAGAGGAUGGUUUUCAGUUCCCAGUCUAUUCCUCUCCCUCAUUAAUCAGUUUUACUUCUCUGUCAACACUGGGGGUUUUGAUUCACAUAAAUAUGUGUCUUGAAGUGUUGAAUGUGGCUUGUGACUUUUGGGUUCU